AUGUCCUCGCGGCCUGGCCCCGAGUUCAGCGGGGCACCGUUUCGAAGUCAGGAGUCGAAUAUUGUGGCGGCGGUCCCGCCGGGGAGCUCUCCUCCGGUCAAGAUAGGGUCCUAUGUGCUCGGAAAAACGCUUGGUGUCGGAUCUUUUGGUAAAGUCAAGGAAGGCUAUCACGAGCUAUGUGGUCAGAAGGUUGCCGUGAAGAUUCUGAAUAGAAGUAAGGUGCACGUCAUGGAUAUGACGCCGAAAGUGCGUCGAGAGAUCAUGAUUCUUCGCCUUCUGAAUCAUAAGCACCUCAUCAAACUCUAUGAGGUGAUUGAGUGCCCCAGCGAUAUUUUUGUGGUCACUGAGUACAUAAGCGGUGGCGAGCUCUUCGACUUUAUCGUUGAGCGCGGACGGCUGCCGGAGAAUGAGGCCCGGCGCUUCUUUCAACAGCUCAUCGGUGGCGUAGAAUAUUGCCACCGACACAUGAUCAUACACCGAGAUCUGAAACCAGAGAACUUGCUCUUGGACGAGAAUUUGAACAUCAAAAUUGCCGACUUGGGCCUGGCGAACAUCGCUCGAGAUGGAGAGUUUUUACGCACCUCGUGCGGCUCCCCGAACUACGCGGCACCAGAGGUCAUUAGCGGAAAGCCAUAUGCAGGCCCAGAAGUAGACAUAUGGUCCUGUGGUGUUAUUCUGUACGCACUUCUGUGUGGCUCGUUGCCUUUUGAUGAUGAAUCCAUUGCGGCACUGUUUCGACGCAUUAAGAGCGGUCAGUACCAGAUGCCAUCCUACUUGUCGCCGGGCGCCCGAGAUUUGAUCAGCAGAAUGCUCAUUGUGGAUCCGCUCGCCCGAAUUACGAUAGAACAGAUUCGCAAGCACCCUUGGUUUGUUGAGAACCUUCCACGGUAUUUGUCGCUUCCACCGCCGACGGGGUGUGCGAGAAGCCGCUCUAUCAAUGUUGAGGUUCUGCGGGAAUGCAUUCGACGAACAGGGUUUCCCGAGGAAAAAAUUGUCUGGUCCUUGAAGCAUGGGAAGCGAAAUGCGUACACGGUGGCGUACGAGUUAAUUCAUGAUGCAAUGAAUCGGAUGGACGAUUCUAUGCUUCAGCCAGUGGAUAUUCGUUCACUGUUCAGCUUUCCCGGUAUCGGCACUGGAUCUCGGGAGAAGAAUGUUCCCGAGAGCAUAGAUACCGGAGCUCAUGGUGAUGCAGCUUCGCGAGCGGCAGUGUUGCCAAGUAGCGCAACAAGCGCUGCAUCCGCAUCUCCGUUGCAAUAUCUUGAUGAGCUAGACGAAGACGACAUCAUGCCAUGCUUCGUCUUCGGGUCAGCAUCUCGUCGAAUCCAGCUCGGAAUCGUCAAUAGCUAUCUUUCGGCUUCUGAAAUUAUGAUGGAGCUGUACCGAGCGCUCUCCGUAUUGCAGUGGAGAUGGAAAUCACCAUCGGUUUACCAUAUUCGAGUGAUAGCUGCGAGCAUCGAGUCAGCGUUACCCGGUGCGAAACAGGUGCGAUUGGUAAUUCAGUUGUACAGAACGACAAGCCGCUUUGUCGUGGAUAUAGCACUUCACGAUGGUGACCUUUUCAGCUUUAUCCUCGCCUGUCAUAUGAUCGUAUGCGAGCUGCGGAUCUAG